UCGGAUCCAAAGCAAGCCGUCAAUAUGAGCAAGAAGUCCGCGACUCAGCCGCAGAUGUCUAUGGAGCAGAUGCAACAGCAGCAAAUGAAGCAGCAGGAGCAGGAGCAGAUGCGUCAGUCCUUGGUGCAACAGGUUAUGCUGCCGGACGCCCGUGAGCGCUUGGCUAGAAUAGCUAUCGUGAAGCCCGAAAAGGCGCGUGCUAUUGAGGAUAUGGUCAUCCAAAUGGCUCAACGUGGCCAACUGGCUGCCAAGAUCGACGAAGACAAGCUCAUCGACUUGCUCAACCAAGUGGGCGUCAAUGAGGAGAAGCAGCGCACGAAAGUCACGAUGAAACGGCGAACGUAUUUCAGCGACGAAGACGACGAUGACGACGACGACGAUUUCUGAGCUCCUCAGCGCAUUCUGACAAUUGAGUAGAACAGAAAUUGUGGAUCUACAUGUAGCGACCUCAUUUGCAUUGAAAGUCAACAUCGAGGACAUCGUUCCAUCCUCACGUGAAUCACAUCUACAUUUCCU